AUGGCUGUCAUCAUUAAAUACCAUCUCCAUGCGAUCGUUCAGUCAUGUAAAGCAUGCAGGGAUAUUUCUCAGCUGUUGAAAACUGACUUUUAUGCUUAUGAUUAUUCCGGAUACGGUAUUAGCACUGGUACCUCAUCGGAAAAAAUAUUUAUGCUGAUAUUGAAACUGCUUAUAAACAUAUUUCUGAAUCGCAAGGACCACAUGUUCGAUCAAUGGGGUAAUCAACUAAGUAGCUUCCAGAUUGCCUUACUUGGUUACAGUAUUGGUACAGUACCAACAAUUUACAUGGCUUCCAAACAUCCUCCGAAUCUUUGUGGAAUAGUACUUCUUGCUCCACUUGCAUCCGGCCUAAGACUGUACGCAGAAGCUAAUCGAACAUGUUGCAUGGAUCGAUUUUUAAAUUACGACAGAGCUCCGGAAGUCAAUGUUCCCGUAUUAGCUUGUCACGGUUGUAUGGAUAAUGUCAUUCCAAAAAAACAUAGUGAAGUACUGGUAGAACGAUUCCCGCGUGCUGUGACACCCUUUUACGUGGAACAGGCCAAUCACUUGACCAUAUUUUCCAGACAGAAUCUUUCUGUAUUCUUUAGAAUCCGUUACUUCCUGUCUCACGAAACUGACCCAUUGCAAGCUGAAGUUGUCUGA